CAUUCCAGAAUGUCAGUGUUCCUCUGUUGGUUUCUCUUGGCAUUUGGGCUUCAGGAUGCAAUCUAUUGUUCACAAUAUAACAGCUCUGAAGGCAAAGUAAGGACCUGCCAUUUGCCCCAACAAAAUCCCACUCUCUAUAAGUUGUCAUCUAUCAAUGCUGAUUUUGCAUUCAGUCUAUAUCGUUGGUUCUCUGCAGAGAACCCAGAUUGGAACAUCUUCUUCCCCGUGAGCAUAUCUGCUGCUUUAGCCAUGCUUUCUUUUGGAUCUGGCUCUAGCACCCAAACUCAGAUUUUGGAGGUCUUGGGUUUUAACCUCACAGAUACUCCAAUGACAGAAUUACAUCAGGGCUUCCAGCAUUUGAUCUGUUCAUUGAAUUUCCCAAAGAAUGAUCUGGAAUUGCAGAUGGGAAAUGCAAUUUUCAUUGGGAAGCAUCUGAAACCACUGGCAAAGUUUUUGGAUGAUGUCAAGACCCUCUAUGAAACUGAAGUCUUUCCUACUGACUUCUCCAAUGUUUCAGCAGCCCAGAAGGAGAUCAACAGUUAUGUGGAGAAGCAAACAAAAGGGAAAAUUAUAGGCUUAAUUCAAGAUCUUAGCCUGAACAUUAUAAUGAUUCUGGUGAAGUAUAUUCAUUUCAAAGCCCAGUGGGCAAAUCCUUUUUGUGUAUCUAGAACAGAAGAGAGUUCCAACUUCUCAGUGGACAAUGCCACCUCAGUACAGGUUCCCAUGAUGCACCAGCUAGAACAAUACUAUCAUUUUGUGGAUAUAGAGCUGAAUUGCACAGUGCUUCAAAUGGAGCUUCAAAGUGAGAAUGCCCUGGCACUUUUUGUCCUUCCAAAGAAGGAACACCUGGAGUGGGUGGAGGCAGCCAUGUCAUCUAAGACACUGAAGAAGUGGAACCGCUUACUGCAGAAAGGACAGAUUGAGUUGUUUGUUCCAAAGUUUUCAAUUUCUGCAACAUAUGACCAUGGAAGCACACUUCAGAAGAUGGGCAUGAGCGAUGCCUUUGCUGAAAGUGCUAACUUUCCUGGAAUCACAGAAGACAGUGGUCUAAAACUUUCUUAUGCUUUUCACGAGGCUGUGCUGCACAUUGGAGAAGAGGGAACCAAAGAAGGAGCUGUGUCUCUGGAUAGGCCACAAGUGGCUCUUCUUCACCCUAUUAUCCAAUUUGAUAGACCAUUCUUAUUGAUGACUUUGGAGAAAGGGACCAGAAGCAUUCUCUUUUUAGGGAAAGUUGUUAACCCAGUGAAAGAGUAACUGGCGAAGAGGUCAU